ACUGACAGCACGCGUCUGCAAGUUUCGCCUUUUUCGAGAGUAACAAACAUGGCCACCAUGAGCACAAAGCCAGGCUUGCGUUACUGUGUGUCUGACUGGGUGACCAACAAUAAACACAUCUCAGACACAGCUGAGCACAAGAGAAACAUUUCACACGAGAUACGACAGGAAGGAAGGGUUCUGCGGAAUGAGACUGCCAAUAAGACAAACUGGGAUAACUAUGACAGCAGUCGGCGGUUAAGUGACAGAAUCGAUGACAUCACACGUUGGAAAGAAAAGCUGAAAGCGUGUGCACAGGAAGUGGAUGCAGAAAUGGAUGCGCUUACUCUGUCCAAGCAGGACACAGAGCGUGCCCUGGCAGCCACCGUUCUGCCCCUUGAGGUCACAUCAGAGUGCUUGACCCUGCGGGAAGGUCGCCGUGGCAAGGAGCUGGUCAGCGAUCCGGUGGAAGCUGAGCUUAAGAAGGAAGAAGAGGUGAUUGAUGGAGCACAGCGGGUCCUUCAGCAGUGCAUCAGUCAGGCCUUUGAACAGCUGUGUUGCCUACAGGAAGUACGCCAGCAGUUGACCAUUGACCUUCAAGACAAAAUAGAGGCCCUUGAGGUGGACACGUCCUGCUUGUCUCUUACAACACAGUCACCAGAGAUCUCUUUGAAGCCCAACCCUACCAGAGUUCCCUUGGGUUCCAUGACCCCCCAGCAGUGGGAGCAGUUCAGCCGCUACAACAUCACCCGAGCCAAGGAAGAGAUGCACAACUCAAUGCAGUUAAGAGAGAACAGCAGCCUCACACGAGCACAGGUGCAAAAUGAAUUGGAAGCCCAACGAAAGGCUGUGGAGUUUGCUCUCCGUAAGCGAACUCAUCACCUGGAACAGGCACACAAGGAACUGCAGUGGCAGCUGAAAACUACUCAAGAUGAGAUUUCUGAGCUGGAGAAGGACAUUAAUGGUCUGGAGGAUGAUAUGCAGGCCAAGACGGCUCCUUUAAAGCUGGUUCACACCCGUCUGGAGAACAGGACCAAGAGGCCUGGUAUGGACCUGUGCAGAGAUGAGGUACAGUUUGGGUUAGUGGAGGAAGCCAAACAAUUAGAAGCCACAAUCGUGGCCCUAAAACAGAAGCUAGCACAGGCCCAACACUCUCUACAGUCUCUGAAGCAGCAUGAAGCUCAAAUGAUGGAGGAUCUGUCUCGCAAGCAGGAUGCUUUGUCAUUGGAACAGCGCAGCAGCCAGACUCGACAGCGCCUCACUGUGGUUGCCCAAACUGAGGGUCUGCCGUCAGCUGUAGUUCCCUUAACCAAUUCCAGUGGCAGACACAGGCUGGAUUUGGCUUGAGAUGGGUCCUUGUCUGGUCUAGUGGUUCUUAACUGGUUGGUCUGUUCUGAUCAGAGCAAUCCAAAAUGUUUUUUUUUUCAUAAUUUUCUCACCCUCAUGUCAUUCCAAACUUGUACGACUUUCAUUCUGCAGAGCACAAAAGAAGAUGUUGAAGAAUGUUGACAACCAAACAACAUUGAACUCUUUUGACUUCCAUUAACACAAAACCAUUGAGACAUUUCUCAAAAUAUCUUCUUUUGUGUUUCAUGGUCGUGUAAAGAUUUUUUAUUUAUUAAAAUGCUUUCAUAUUAUCUUAGAUGAGAUCCAAAAGGCUCCAUCUCCAAAAAGCACAUCCAUCCAUCAUUAAUAUAUGUGAGACUCCAAUGGGUUAAUAAACGUCUUCUGAAGCAAAGUGAUACAUUUGUGAAAGGAAACGAUUAAUACUCUGAGCUUCUUAAAGUUUCUUUAAGAGCUGUACAUCUAAUCAAGCUUAUUUGUCAUUUGGAAGAUGUGAGGCAGAUGCCAACGUGAACAGAUGUAACUUAUGAUGGUUCUCGGUGUAAAAUCUAGAUUUCAUAGUAAAACCUGUUGUGAACCGCUCGUCUAAACAUAUUUAUCCCAAGUAAAACAAUUCAUUUUUGUGACUCCAUAAUCUCUUCCAUUCCAUCAGAAUUGCAGAACAAUGUUUUAAAUAUUCUCUUAAAUACUUGUUUGCUUUCUCUGUUCAAAUUUCAUUUCAAACAUUCCAUUGAUUUAUGAGGUAGAGAGGAGCAAAUAUCUAACAAAUAAAAACAGCGUUACAGGUUUUUAAUAGUUAAUGGUAAUGAUUUUAUUUUCUAUGGCAGCAAAUUGUGCGUGGAUCAUCCGUGUCAUGCGGUUAAAUUGCCUUGUUUUCACAGUCCUUUCUGACAAAGUUGUUAGUCCAUCUGUCAACAUGUUUUAUUUUAUAUGACGAAAGGAAAGCUUAUGUCACAUGAAAGGGUCUAUUUAGACUGGACUUUGACUAGGAGCGAUUAACCAGAUAAAAGAAUAGUAAAACACGCUCUAAAUACAUCCAUACAAAUAACAUAAAACCCACAUAAAAACAUCCACACGCUAAACCUACACACAUCCAAUGCUGAUGGGGUUUAUAAAUUAUCUACACCUCAAGCUUUUAAUGUCUUUGACUGGGAGUGUUUGUGUGUGUGUGUGUGUGGGAAGGGUAAACCCUACGGUAUGGGGACAAAAUGUCCCCACAAAGAUGGCAAUAUCCAAAAUCCUUGUCCUUGUGGGGACAUUUUUUUGUCCCCAUGAGGAAACAAGCUUAUAAAUCAUACAGAAUUAACUUUUGUGAAAAUCUAAAAGAGCAGACAGUUGUGUGUGAUUGUUAGGUUUAGGGGGUGGGUUAGGUGUAUGGAAUAUGAUAUACAGUUUGUACAGUAUAAAAACCAUUGCGUCUAUGGAAUGUCCCCAUAAAACAUGGAAAUCCAACGUGUGUGUGUGUG